UCGAAGAGAAUAUUUAUUACAAUACAACCACAUCUCGCAAUAUGCAAAUCCCAUAAUUUCAGAGACCACGAAGAAGAACGGCGACAUUUUUUAUUUUUAAUUUUAAUUUUAAAUUUUUUGUUUUUCCACCAUGGCUACUUCUGGGUUCCUUCUUUACCUUCUCUCAGCUUCCUCCGUCGCCGUUCUCUCUGUUCUUUAUCUCAGCCGCCCGAAUGCUUCUUCCUCCGUCCUCUCCUCUUCUCUCGCCGUCCACAAAAUCUGGCCGGAUUUGGAGUUUAGUUGGAGACUCGUGGCGGCGACGGCGAUCGGAUUUCUCGGGUCAGCCUGCGGAACGGUGGGCGGAGUGGGCGGCGGCGGCAUUUUUGUCCCUAUGCUUACUCUGAUCAUCGGAUUCGACACCAAAUCCGCCGCUGCCAUUUCUAAAUGUAUGAUAAUGGGAGCCUCUGCAUCAUCCGUUUGGUACAAUUUAAGAGUGGCGCAUCCGACAAAGGAAGUUCCAAUUAUAGAUCACGAUUUGGCGCUGCUGUUUCAGCCCAUGCUCAUGCUCGGCAUCACCGUUGGCGUCGCCCUUAGCGUCGUUUUCCCCUACUGGCUCAUCACUAUUCUCAUCAUUAUUCUCUUUAUCGGGACUUCCUCCAGGUCCUUCUUCAAGGGAAUCGAGAUGUGGAAAGAAGAAACCAUUCUCAACAAAGAAUUCGCCAAGCAAAGUGGGGCUCUUGUAAAUUCUCGUGGCGAGCUUCUGAUCGAUGUAGAGUACGACCCACUGAUUCCCAAACAACAGAAAACAGCGCUGGAAUUAUUGUGCUUCAACCUUAGGUGGAAAAGAACCUCCAUUUUAAUAUUUGUGUGGAUUUCUUUCCUCAUACUUCAAGUUAUCAAGAAUGAUGUAGCAGUUUGUAGCACUUGGUAUUGGCUCAUCUUCUCAUUGCAGUUCCCCAUAGCAUUUGCAGUGUUUGGGUAUGAAGCAAGGAAGCUGUACAGAGAACACAAGAAGAGGAUGGAGACAGGGAACUCAGAAUACAUCUGUGAGGCCUCAAUAGGAUGGACUGGCGCACACCUUGGGUUCUGUGCAUUGUGUGGCAUUGUAGGAGGCACUGUUGGAGGCCUUCUUGGCUCUGGUGGUGGCUUUGUUUUGGGCCCUUUGCUCUUGGAAAUUGGUGUUGUCCCUCAGGUUGCUAGUGCAACAGCAACAUUUGUGAUGAUGUUCUCUUCAUCCUUGUCAGUGGUGGAGUUCUACUUGCUCGACAGGUUUCCCAUGCCAUAUGCUCUGUAUUUUACAUCGGUGUCAGUUUUGGCUGGCUUCUGGGGGCAGUUUUUAGUUAGAAAAAUGAUCGCUAUUCUCAGACGAGCCUCACUCAUUGUGUUCAUCCUCUCUGGCGUCAUCUUCGCUAGUGCCAUCACCAUGGGCAUUAUUGGGGUUUCGAAAAGUAUGGAAAUGAUACAGAACCACGAGUUCAUGGGGUUCUUAGAUUUCUGCAGCAGUGAGUGAGAGAGAUCACCACAUGAACAAAACUGUAAAAAGAAGAAGAAGAAGAGAUUUGAACUUUGAAAUAUAAUCACUUGUGAAGGCAGAGAAUUGGCCAACGCCUUGUUGACCGAAUCCCUGUUUGUUUGUGAAGAAAAUAAAGCAAGGAGAUGACUGUUAGCUCCUCGCUAACAGCAUCAUACCUUCAAAGUUAUUUAUAAAUUGUCACAAAAUCGUUUUGGUUUUAGAUUUCUAUCGGGGUUGCUGUUCUGUUAGCAUCUCGCUGACAGCAUCAUCUGUAAAUUGAACUUUGUUAUCAGAUAAUGUUAUCAUGUAGUGUGUUUGAAUA